CACUGCCACAGCAGACUUGUUAUCAUGAGCCUAAAUCCUCGCUAUGCUGCAGAACCAGGUGUAGGCCUCGCUUGAUGGUAAUCUUCAGGCCAUGUGCGCGGGGCUUCUGCUGAGUUGCAGACCUGUGGAUUAAGGAACAGGCUUUAAAAGUGGCUCAACAUCCCCCUGCUACCUCCCUUCCUUUGUCCUCUUUCAUUCUCUGCUGCUGGAACUGCAAAACAAACACUACAUCCAGGCACAAUGAACCAGAAGGUGGUACUCAUCACGGGCUGCUCCUCCGGGAUCGGCCUCGCUUUGGCUUCCCGCAUUGCAAAAGAUGAGAAGAAGAGAUUCAUGGUCUACGCCACCAUGAGGAACUUAGGUAAGGGUGAGGCGCUGGUUGAGGCGGCGGGUCGGACUCUGGGCAGGACUUUGGAGAUCAAGCAGCUGGACGUCUGUGACGAAGCGUCCAUCAAAGCCUGCGUGGACAGUCUCCCUGAGCGGAGGGUGGACAUCCUUAUAAGCAACGCUGGGAUGGGUCUGAUCGGACCCAUCGAGUGUCAGUCUAUUGACGAGAUGAAGACAGUCAUGGACACCAACUUCUUCGGGCUCGUGCGAUUGCUGAAGGAACUCCUACCUGACAUGAAGCGAAGGAAAAAAGGCCACAUCGUGGUCAUCAGCAGCGUCAUGGGCAUUCAGGGAAUUUUAUUCAACGACGUCUACGCGGCAUCCAAGUUUGCAGUGGAAGGCUUUUGUGAGAGCCUGGCGGUACAAGCUCUGAGGUUUAAUCUGAACAUCAGCCUGAUAGAGCCAGGUCCAGUGAUCACAGAGUUUGAGCGUAAGGUUUAUGAGGAAGGCAUGAAGACUGAUCUGAGCAAAGCAGACAAAGUGACGGCUGACAUGUUCACAAACAUCUACUUAAAGAACUACAAUCAGAUCUUCGAGACCCUUGGCCAGACUGCCGACGACGUAGCAGAGCAUACCUUCAAGAUCAUCACCAUGGACAAUCCUCCUUUCCGUCAUCAGACAAACACUCUUUACACCCCCAUGACCACGCUCAAAUACGCCGACCCCAACGGCGACCUUCCAAUCGACACGUUUUACAAAAUGGUGUUUGAACACGACAAAGUCUUCAACGCCAGCCUCAACUUCCUCAAGCUUCUGCGCUGGAGAAGUCGAAAGAGUUUCACUCUGGACAAGGACAAGGAGAAGAGUAGCUGAGUUGUUGUUGUUUUAUGUGAGACAUAUUAAUCGUGCAUAGCGUCUUAGCAUUUUUCCUUUAAAUUAUUUUUAGCUGUAAGACUUUUGUGAUUAAAGCUGAAACACAUAAUAAAAAAAAAAAGAAAAGCCAUGAGUGGUGCUAACCAUGUCAUCUGUUUUCACAUGUGUCUGUAAGCUCUGCUGCAGGUUUAAACCACAUCCUAUUGACUACCAUAGCUGUCUUAGUCAGUAAGCCUCCAAGCUCCAUAAUAUACAAUUUUCAAGCAGUAAGCAAAACCAUAGAGGGCAAUGACAAAUGAGUGCAUCAGGUGUAGCAUUUCAGAUAGUUAUACAGCCUUGUUGGGGGCUUUUCUCUGUUUCUAAAGACAUUUAAAUAUAAGAUUUAAAAGCUGUUCUUGUACUUCUUCUGCUAACAUAUUGUGCUUAUGAUACAGGAUUAUGUAAGCCGUUUACACAUGGCUUAAUCUGGGAUACUGCUGUUUUAAUCUGAGCUGCCGAGUAGCGGAAAUAGUAUUCACAUCUUUUCUGUAAGUAAAAGUA